AGAAUGGACAUUGGAAACAGUUCCUUGGUUACUGAGUUUAUCCUGGUGGGUUUAACAGAACAUUCAGAGACAAAGCUCCCUUUCUUCUGCCUUUUCCUAGGAAUCUGCAUUGUCACUGUGGCAGGAAACCUGGGCUUACUCACUCUGAUCAGAUUGAAUUCUCACCUUCACACUCCCAUGUACUAUUUCCUUUUCAAUUUAUCAUUUGUUGACCUCUGUUACUCUUCUGUUAUUACCCCCAAACUGUUGGUAAACUUUGUGUCAAAGAUCAAUACCAUUUCCUAUGAAGGAUGCAUGACGCAACUCUUUUUUUACUGUUUCUUUGUCAGUGCAGAAUGUUAUGUGUUGACAGUCAUGGCCUAUGAUCGCUAUGUGGCCAUCUGCAAGCCCCUGCUAUACACAGUGACCAUGUCACCUUGCGUCUGCUCCCUGUUGGCUGUGAUUGUGUAUGUGGGUGCAUUCGUUGGUGCCUGGGCUCACACAGGGUGCAUGCUGAGGUUGACUUUCUGUGAAGCCAACACCAUCAACCACUACAUGUGUGACAUCCUUCCCCUGCUGGAACUCUCUUGCACCAGCACUCAGGUCAAUGAGCUGGUGGUGUUCAUUGUUGUAGGCUUUGAUGUGGGUGUGCCCAGCCUCACUAUAAUUGUGUCCUAUACAUUCAUCCUCACUAGCAUUCUUCGCAUCCAUUCUACUGAAGGAAGAUUUAAAGCCUUUAGCACUUGCAGUUCACAUAUAAUUGUUGUUUCUGUUUUCUUUGGGUCAGGGACAUUCAUGUACCUUCAUCCUUCUUCUGUCUUGUCUAUGGACCAGGGGAAAGUGUCUACUGUGUUCUAUACCAUUGUGGUACCCAUGCUCAACCCGCUCAUCUACAGCUUCAGGAACAGGGAGGUUAAAGUUGCCCUGAAAAAAACCGUUAGUAGGAAAAUAUCCUCCAUCUGA